AUGCGUUUCUCUACCCUCGCCGCUGCCGCUCUCGUUUCUGUCGCCUCUGCUGACUUCACCUCCUACUGCUGUGGCAACUCUGCGCCCUUGACAACGGGUGACAUUGCCUGGGCUCUGGACCCCAAGAACGGCCGCUCCACCGAGCUGGGUAUCGCCGGAGGUGCCAAGUACAACUACAGAGUUGGCAUGUGCACGUUUGGCGGCGACACGCCCAUGGCUUGCGGCAAGUACACAACCACCGCUCGCACAUCUGAGCGUGCCGGCACUCAACUCAAGAACGGCCACCUCUCUUGCGACGAUCCUUUGUACAUGAAGGCCAACCUCUGGGUCUGCCCGUUCUAG